AACAUUUCAGUUUCAUUUUUUCUGUGAUUUAUAAUGAAAGUAGGAGCGAUUCCGGUAAUUUUUAUUUUUUUAAAUUGUGUUUGCAAAUAUGUAAAUUGUGAGGAAACGAACUGUAGUAAAAGUGUAUGGCUGACAGAAAUACAGAAUAUACAAAAUAAACUUGAUCUCACCGUUAGCCCAUGCGAUGAUUUCUACGAAUACGCCUGCGGAAACUGGUUUGUGCCAUACAAAGUGCGAGCAUUAAAUGCAACUGAUGUGCUUACAGCAGCUAAGGCUUACAAUAAGCGUUUGCUGAUGCAGUAUAUGUCUACCGAACAAUCGCCAGAGAUUCUGACAAAGGAGCAACAAAUAUCACAUGCAGUGGUUAUUUUCUACAAUUCAUGCAUAGAACAGCGCUUCAGAGAUACAAAAAAUAAGCCAAUGAUGGCUUUCGUCAACAUUCUGCAACAGUUUAGCACUUGGCCGAUUAUAAACUCUAAUUUUGCAGAAAAUUCUGCGAAUAUUUCCUUUAAUUGGGAAGAUAUUGGCGCCCAAUUGCGACUUUACGGAGUGCAAUCUUUUAUGCGCGUUUUGGUGCAGUCAAACUGGCAGGCAUCGGACCAAGAUAUAUUCUAUAUUACGGCACCCACAUUUGAUUUACUUAAAAAGCAUCAAUAUGAUGAAACUUACGAUGACGACACUGUAUACCUUUAUAAACGAUAUGUAAAGUAUUUGAUGUUAGAUUUAGGUGUGCGUGUGCGCAGAUCUAAGGAGAUUGCAGAAGAGGUGGUUGAGUUUGAAAAAGAACUCCUGCGUUUGACAACUAAUUCGCGGGAUAUUGAACUGAAUGCUCCUCAGACUUUGAAAUCAUUAAUACAUCAAUUGCCUGAAAUAAAUUUACGAAAGUAUUUUAGUGUCAUUUUUCAGAACUUUACUCCAUCUAAACUGAUUGAACAAGAAUUACUUGUCGUUGCCGACUUAAGUUACAUGCGGAAAUUGGCGGAUCUAUUAAGAAAAUCAAGUGCUGAUAUUAUUGGAAAAUACCUACUGGUACAAUUUUUAGCGCAUUUUGAAGUAAAUUUACAUGACGAUGACAUGUCAACCGAAUACAAAGACUAUUGUCUACAACAGGUGAACACUUAUAUGCCGAAUGAACUAAGUAAAUUAUUUUUGUAUUUGCAACAUAACAAUAGCGCUGAUUUUUUAAAGACUGCCCGAAACGAUUUAACUACAAUAUUUGAUCAAUUAAAAAAUCAAUUUGAAAAAGCAGUGAAUGCGACUAACAUAUUUGACCGGGAUCCCUCAGGCAGAAUGAUAGGAUUGGAAAAGCUAAGAGCUAUGCAACUACGACUGCCGGUUUUACAAGAAAACGAGAUUUAUGAUUUCCAACUCACUGAUAAUUAUUACGAGAAUAUAAUUUAUUUAUCCAAGUUCAAAACGAAAAAAUUGUUGAAACACUUAAUGCAAGUGCUUACAUCAAGCAAUCCAAAUGAUAUAAGCGUAGAAAGUAAUUAUGGUCCAUUAAAUGUAAACGCUUAUUACCGCCUUACUAAGAACAUAAUUGAAAUUCCUGUAGGAAUAUUACGAAGCCCUUUUUAUAACAAUUGCUUUAAGUCUGCGCAUUUUUAUGGUAGUUUUAUUUAUAUAAUUGCACAUGAGUUUUUGCAUGGCUUCGACUACGAUGGUUUGAACUAUGAUCAAUCCGGUAACGUAACCAAUGCUUGGAACUCCAAAUCUAUCAUACAGUUCGGCAUUAAGUCCCAGUGCUAUUUAUCCGAGCGUUACAAGAACGCCAUACGAACUGUUAAUGAAAACAUAGCAGACAGUGAAGGCUUACGUCUGGCCUAUGACACAUUUCGGAACAUCGAAGGACCAGCAGUACUCACUGAGGAUGACAAAAAACUGUUUUUCAUAAGUUUUGCACAAACGUGGUGCGGUGAAAAUAAUUUAAGUGCCAACAGUGUUCAUGCUGGGCACAGUGAGCGUGUAAAUAAUGCUGUGAGCAAUUUCCCAGAAUUUGCUGAUGCGUUUGCAUGUGAAGCUGGUAGUAGCAUGCAUCCGGACGAAAAAUGUAAAAUUUGGUGACAUAAUUGCCAUAGGUAUUUAAGUGCAAAAACCUUUUAUAGAAUUUAUACAAAUUUAUUAAUAUAUGUAUUAUAAUAAUAACACAUAAUAAAUAUUUUUGUGUAAAAA